CCGAGGGAUCCAUUAUAGGAGAGCCGCGAGACUGGUUUAAAGAAAAUAAAAUAUAAAUAAUAUGGUGAAGUUCUCAAAGGAACUUGAAGCACAACUGAUUCCUGAAUGGAAAGAUGCGUUUGUGAACUACUGGCAGCUCAAGAAACAUGUUAAAAAGGUUAAACUCUCCAGAUUAGCUAAUAAUAAUACGAGUCAUAAACACCAAUAUUCCAAAACCACUUCAUCAUCAUCAUCAUCAUGUAAUCCCAUUAAUCAUGAUUAUGGACUCUCCAUAUUUGACCCUGUCCGCUCUUUCUUCCAUCGUUGUAUCCCACUUAAUUAUAAUGCGGCCUCCAACGACCCCCCACCUGCAGCUGAAAUCCUUCAGGUGAAAUUAGAUUCAAUACAUAUGGAGCAAGAAGGCGAAGAUCGUUAUGAUGACGACGGAGAUGAUGAAAGUGAACUUGUUCAUCAUUUGUACUCCGAGGAAGAUGAGGUGAAGUUGUUCUUCGAAAAGUUGGAUGAAGAGCUAGAUAAGGUGAACCAGUUCUACAAAAAUAAAGAGACAGAAUUCCUUGCAAGAGGAGAAAUGCUUAAUAAACAACUCCAGAUUCUAUUGGACCUCCAACAACUAAUUGUUGAUAGACGACGAAGAUUAAACAGCGGUAGGGCGUCACCCGCCUCCUCCGGAUUCCUACGCUCUUAUUCAUCUGGCCGCACAUCCGACUCUGAAACUGGAUCAGAGUUUGGUGAAAGGGGUGGCGGGGAGACGGAUGAUGUGAUAUCCGCUCUAGAAAAGAAUGGAAUCAACCUUGUUGGUGCGGCCACAAGGGGAAAGACGAAAAAGGGAAAGCCUAAAACGGCAAUGAGGAUCGAUAUUCCAGCAACAACGCCUACACGAACCAUAACAGCAGUUACAUCUAUGCUAUGGGAAGAUCUCGUAAACAACCCUGCCGCUGAUAAGCAAAAAGAAGGUGGUGGUGGUGGUGGUGGUGAAUACAUUAACCGCAAGAAGCUCCAGUGUGCUGAAAAAAUGAUCAGAGGAGCUUUCGUUGAGCUUUAUAGAGGCCUUGGCCUGCUAAAAACUUAUAGCUCACUAAAUAUGGUAGCUUUUGUUAAGAUAUUGAAGAAAUUCGACAAGGUAUCCAGUCAACAGUCAUCGACAACGUACCUCAAAGCCGUCAAGAGAUCCCAUUUUAUUAGUUCUGAUAAGGUGGUAAAACUGAUGGAUGAAGUGGAAUCAUCUUUCACUAAGCACUUUGCCAAAGAUGACAGGAAAAAGGCUAUGAAGUUCUUGAGACCCCGGCAACAAAAAGACUCUCACAUGGUCACUUUUUUUGUUGGAUUGUUUACGGGUAGUUUUGUAACUUUGUUUGCUGUUUAUGCAAUAUUGGCACAUAUUAGUGGCAUGUUCUCUCCUGGGACAGAAGCCGAUUACGUUGAAACAGUUUACCCUGUCUUCAGUAUGUUUGCAUUGUUGAGUUUGCACUUGUUUAUGUAUGGGUGCAACCUCUUCUUGUGGAAAGCUACAAGGAUAAACUACAACUUCAUAUUCGAAUUCCAAGCUGCUACGGCGCUCAAGUAUAGAGACGCAUUUCUCAUAUGCACCUGCAUGAUGACCGCUGUGGUCUCUGCCAUGGUACUGCAUCUUAUCUUGGUUUCCCAUGGAUUUUCACCUUCCCAAGUCGACGCUAUUCCAGGCAUUCUCCUUUUGAUUUUCAUUGGAUUGCUUGUAUGUCCCUUAAACAUUUUAUAUCGCCCUACUCGAUAUUGUUUCCUUAGAGUCAUACGCAACAUAGUCUGCUCCCCUUUGUACAAGGUUUUGAUGGUUGAUUUCUUCAUGGCUGAUCAACUAACUAGCCAGAUCCCAUUGUUAAGGCACAUGGAAUCGACAGCGUGUUACUUCCUUGCAGGAAGUUUUAAAACGCAUGAAUAUCAGACUUGCAAGUCAGGGAAGUUAUAUCGAGAGAUUGCUUAUGUAAUUUCCUUUGCACCAUACUAUUGGCGUGCUAUGCAGUGUGCACGAAGAUGGUUCGACGAGUGUGAUGCGAACCAUUUGGCUAAUUUGGGGAAGUAUGUGUCAGCCAUGGUGGCAGCCGGGGCAAGGUUAACAUAUGCUAGACAGGAAACACGUUUGUGGUUGAUCAUUGUAUUGGUGACUUCAUUGGUUGCCACAAUGUACCAGCUAUACUGGGACUUCGUCAAAGAUUGGGGACUUUUUGAUUCUAAAUCGAGAAACCUAUGGCUUAGAGAUGAACUUGUUUUGAAGAAGAAAGGAUUCUAUUACGUAGCUAUUACCUUAAACUUUGUUUUAAGGGUUGCUUGGCUGGAGACCGUACUACAGUUCAAAGUUGGAUUAUUUGAAUCACGACUGCUUGAAUUCUCCCUUGCUUCACUAGAAGUGAUUCGACGUGGCCAUUGGAAUUACUAUAGACUCGAGAAUGAGCACUUGAACAAUGUUGGCAAGUUUAGAGCAGUGAAAACUGUUCCUUUACCAUUUCGCGAGACUGAUUCUGAUGGAUGAACUAAUUAAUGCACGAAUUUUGUGCUAGCUUGUAUAGUUUCUGCACACAAACGUACGUAUAUGCCAUGGAUGCAUAGUUGGGACUACAUAUUAAAACGGAAGCAUUAAAUAUCCAAAUCCAGAUAAAGAGGAGAUGAGGCAAGCCGUAAGGCUGUACGUACGUGGAUAUGAUGAAGUAUCUAUUUGCAAGCAAGUUUUUUUUAAAGCAAUAUUAAGUCACUCAAUGUAUUUACAUCCUAAUUUUUCAGACAUUAAUUAAUUCUCCCAUCUGAAUGAAUAAUUUUUUAGAUUUCAA